AUGUCUACCCGCGUUAACCCUAGCUCUAGCUCUACGGAAAUGAUCGAAAAUAUGUACACUACAGAUAUUUUUGCAGACGAAGACAUGAGAGGUGAUUUGGAUUGGAAUACAUUGUUAGGAAAGGUAGUAGAAAAUGUUUUGGCCAUAUUAUGGAUUGACAAUGGCCCAGUAACUAUGUUAACUACAAUUCAUAAUAUUGGUAAAGAAUGGACUGUGACACAUGAGCAUCAUAGACCAAGAAAAACUAGUUCUAAUGCAAAUACUGUUUAUCAAGUCUUUGGGAAUCUUUCCAGGAAAGCAUUAGAGAUUCCCAAGAUUAUUGAUGACUAUAAUCAGUAUAUGGGUAUUGCUGUAGUGUGGACAUUGCAGACCAACUGA